AUGCUAGAAAUUGUACUUCAAGUCCUCUCGAUCAGCGCCAUCACCACCACAAUCGCCCUUUUCUUUUGCGGACUGUGAGUCUCCUAGUCCACCGAGCCAAAUCGAGCCCACAACUUUUUCAGACCGAUAUGUAUACAAAUCCGAAAGCAAGGCGCCGUAGGUGACAUUUCCGGAGUUCCCUUCCUCAUGGGAUUCAUCGGGUGAGUCUCCUACAGAAAAACAGGGCAAAAAAACGUUUCCUUUUUUUUUCAGAGGCGCAUUCUGGUUGCGGUACGGCUUCCUCAAAAUGGACUACACAAUGAUAACUGUCAACGUGGUCGGCGUGGCGUUCAUGGCCGCCUACUGUGUGUUCUUUCUCGUCUACUCACUGCCAAAGGUUCGUACUCGAUCAUGUGACAAUUUGACCGCAGCAGUUGACGUCAAAAUUGACAUAGGCACACACACACACACAGAAAACAUCCGAUUCAUGUCCGGAUCUCGUUCGGUCUCACUUCACUGAACCAACCUUGAUUCGAAAUUGGGGGGGGGGGAGAAGAAUUCGUUUGAAAUUGAACUUUUUAGAAGCAGAAAAAAAGCAGAAGAGAACUCGAAUAUUAUCGAUUUCAGAAGGCGUUUGCCGCUCAACUCGCCCUCGUCGUCUCGGUGAUUUCCGGAAUGCUCGUUUGGAUCUGGUUCAAGCCGAGUCUCGACUACCUGGGCAUCGUCUGCAUGACUUUCAAUAUCAUGAACUUUGGAGCUCCGCUUGCCGGACUGGUGAGUAGGGUUGUGGUGGUUUGAUCCGAGUGCUAGAAAGUGAAACGGGUAUUUUUUGAUUUAUCAUAAUCACCUGAUGCUUUAUAAAUUACGAGGGAUAUCCCUUCCGACGUUGUCACGUAAUUGAGAGAAACGUGACUUGAAAGAACCUGACUGAUAUCACUUUGCAUCACAAUACAUCGACCACGUGACCAUCUUUGAGGUCAAAUUGAGAAUGUCUGUAGACAACGUACUCAACCAAGAAUUCCAGGGUGUGGUUCUGAAGCGUCGCGAAGUGUCCACGUUGCCCCUGCCGAUGUGCGUCGCCAAUUUCCUCGUCUCUUCGCAGUGGUGUCUGUACGGAAACCUCGUUGCCGACAUUUACAUAAUCGUGCCGAACGGCAUCGGAAUGUUCCUUGCCGUCGUGCAAUUGGCCCUGUUCGUGAUUCUUCCGAUCCGGGAGAACGAGAAAAGUCCGCUGGAGAAGCUGGCCGGAUGGUUCACCGGUAGAGACUACAAGGAGAAAGAUGUGGAGAGUGGCGAGAACUCGAACACCUCUUCGCCACACAAACUGCAGUGCGAGAUGAGUCCCAAGUGAGUUUGGAAUAGUAGGGUUCACUGCAAAACAUUGCUUCCAGAAGUAUGCACGAGCGAUUCGAGAAGCUGAUGGCCGCGGAGAGCCGUCGCGGGAGCCUGGCCGACUUUCUGGGCCGGCCGCCGAGCUACAAAAGUCGGUCGUCGAGUGUGCCCGACGUAUCAUCGCUACAAUCGUUUUAAGACCACAAUUCAAAAUUCCACUCUUGUUUGUUCAUACUUUGUAUUGUGUUUUUUCCGCUUCUUAUCACUCCUCCUCUAUCACUUUGACAAUAGAAACGAUCUCGUAUGGGUUGAGACAAAAUAGGUGAAACGAAACUUUGUUAGGGGUCUGCUGUUUGUACAUAACUCCGGUUUUAAUAAGUGCAUUUCAAUAAACAUUUUCAAGAAUUGAGUUGGCAUAAUGAUUAGAAAAUAUUAUCAGAUUUGAGCAUUAGGCAUCGGAUGAUACCAGGCGGUGAAGCGGAAGCUGACUUUAAUAUUAUCAUUUUCAAUCAUGACGGUAGCCAUAAAUUGAAUUUCAUCUACAAUUUUUAUAACCAUAAACUUCGUGAUCUGGGUGCCAAAAACACUACUUAUGCCGUUCCAAUCAUCAACGACGCUCCGAAAUUCCGCGUCGCACGUUGUUUAUCGUAAAUCUACCCGAAUUAUUUUUCCCUUUUUCAUUCGUAAAAACAAUGUUUCAGCACAAUUCAUCGAUCAAAUCGUCUUUUUCAGGUAUGGAUCUGAAUAUAAAACAGAGUGGGAUUCACUCCUGCGUUCUACAUACUUCGUACUUCAAAAACCGCUCAGGUAGAGUGUACAAGGUUGGAAAACAGUCAAGUUUCUCCCUAAAAAGAUUGAAAAUGUGUUACAGAGAGCCGCCGAACGUUACUUGCGCACCGAUUUGCCGUGUGGAUAUGCCGAGUGCAAACCUUGUUCAAAGUUCGGAACGAAUCCGCUGCUGAAAACCGAAAAUUCGUUCAAAAAUGCGAAAAUCGGACGUCACGCGUUGAUCAUCGACUCGACGUCGCUCAUCAGAUUCUACGACUUGUUUGACUCACCGCUUCUGAGGUCAGAGGCGUCCAACUUUGUUCAAUGUUCUAAAAUUCCGCGUUUUCAGGGACAUAAUUGUGACUCAAACCGUGUGGGAAGGUGUCAAAGCCAAGUCGAUUCCUGCCUACAAAAAAAUGAAUACGUUAUGUUACGAAGACGCGAAAGACCGAUUCCACGUGUUCAUGAACGAAUUUCACUACGAAACGUUCUCCGAAACGUCAAAGUUCGAAGAUUUGAGCAGAGGAGAAGAGCUUCUCCUUUCCACUGCUCAUUUUUUGGCGAGGCACUGGGAAAAAGAGAAUGUGACUCCGUUGGUGAUUUGUGCGGACGAAGAGUCGGUGAAACGGAUGUUCAAGCACUACGAUCAUGUGCUUACGCUCAAAGAUUACAUCGGAAGCUUCGAGAAUUCGGGAAAACAAGGACUUCUGGAUCAGAUGGCCGCCUACGAGAGCAGCGGAGCCACCGGCGAGAAGACGAUCUUCGACGAGUAUCUGUCGCACGACAAGAUCAUGGAGGGAAUAGCCGAUGGAUCCAUGAAGCGGGGCACGUUCAACGUAUCCCGCGAGAAUUACCGCGAAGCUUCGGUCAUUAUCGAUGAGCAACUCACUUCCUGGUUCAUCACCGGAAAUCACUGCAAUCGGGCGGUAAACGGAGACGUCGUCGCCGUUCAAUUACUUCCGGAAUCCGAAUGGGUGGCUCCUGAAAAGAGAAUCCGGUUGCGUGACGUGGAAGAAUACGUCAAAACUGCAGAUGAUAUGGGCGAAGACGACGAGGAAAACGAGGUAGAGCCGAGAGCAAAGAAAGCGAAGAAAAGCACUGUGCCGACGGCAAAGGUGGUGGGAGUCAUCAAGAGAAAUUGGAGACAGUACUGUGGAAUGCUCCUGCCGAGCUCCGUAAAAGGCGCCAGAAGACACUUGUUCUGUCCGGCCGAACGUCUGAUUCCCCGCAUUCGGAUCGAGACGGAACAGGCCGAGAUUCUGUCGCAGCAGCGGAUCGUCGUUGCAAUCGAUCAUUGGCCGAGAGAUUCCAAGUAUCCACUCGGACACUAUGUCCGCUCCAUAGGAGAAAUGGGCUCUCGCGAGACUGAGAAUGAGGUCGUUGUUUGAAAAUUUAGCCAGCGUAAAAACGUAUUCAUUUUUCAGGUUCUGUUGCUGGAACACGACAUUCCGCAUGCUCCAUUUUCCGAAUCCGUGCUCGACUGUCUGCCGAGAGACAACUGGUCUCCGGAUUUGACCGAGAAGACGCCGAGAGUGGACCUGAGACACCUGACCAUUUGCUCCGUGGAUCCGUUGGGAUGCACUGACAUCGACGACGCGCUCCACUGCAAACAAAUCGGUCCGGAUCUGUUCGAAGUCGGAGUUCACAUCGCCGACGUCACGCAUUUUGUCCGUCCGAACACCGCCAUCGACGACGAGGCGGCUCUUCGUGGAACUACCGUAUACCUCUGUGAUCGGCGCAUUGACAUGCUGCCGGCGUUGCUCAGCAGUAAUUUGUGCUCACUUCGCGGCGAAGAGGAGAGAUACGCAUUCUCGUGCAUUUGGACAAUGACCUCCAGUGCCGAUAUCCAGUCGGUCAAGUAUCACAAGUCUCUGAUCAAAUCGAAGGCGGCUUUGACCUACGAGAAAGCUCAGGAAAUUAUUGAUGAUCCGAAAGAACAGAACGACGUGGCACAGGGACUUCGGGGGCUCAUGAAGCUCUCGAAAGUGCUGAAUUCGAGGAGAACGAGCAACGGAGCACUGACUCUCGCAUCCAGUGAAGUCAGAUUCGAUAUGGAUUGGGAGUCGAGAACACCGAAGGUUUGCACAUCUGAAACCAUUAUAAACUCAUGUCGAAAGCUUUCAGAAAGUGAUGGAAAAGCAGCAUUUAGACACACAUUCGAUGGUCGAAGAGUUUAUGCUUUUGGCAAAUAUCUCGGUGGCCGAGAAGAUUCUGGCAGAAUAUCCAGAUUGUGCACUUCUCAGAAGACACCCGGUGCCGUUGAAGGAGAGCUACAAACCGCUGAUUGAGGUGAGAAAACGCCAAAAUGAAAUGACACGUCAGAAAAUAAACCAUAGUUCAAAUUCGUAAAAAAACUCCAGUAGUUCCCUAUACACCCUCAUUCUAUUUCUAUUGUUUUGCAUAUCAAGAUACUCAAACCGAGCACUCUGCUUCUUUAUUUUCUUCUUUGUCGGCUCUCUCAAUUGAAUUAUCGCUUACUCAGGCCAGUUCUGAACCCACUUUGCUCACUGGAGCAUUCACAAGAUUACUGUAGUCUCCCCGAGCCCCCUCACGUCCGAAAAGGCAACAUUCCCCCGGAAACGAAUGAAUCACACACAAAAAGCCUAUCAACGACCUUCACAAUACGCACCACAACCGAUUAGAUUUUCUUUUUUACUCUUCAACACUUUUUUGCGUCAUCUUCCGUCCGCCCGUCUCAUCUCAUGUUUGCCGAUGUUUGUGCAAGGAAAAAAGCGACAAUUUCCGGUGUGGUCCCCUCCGGAAACGAAAGAAAUCCAUCAAAUGAAGGGCAGCGUGCUGUCAAUUAGCAAACAUAUAAUUGAUGAAAGCGUUUGCGUGGCUAUUCACAGUAAUCUGAUGAUAGUGACCUUGGAAGUUUUGGAAAAGUUGACGAACAAUGUGCAAAACAAGUGAUUAUACUGUUUACUCUGGAAAGUAUCGGAUUUUCUUCAAUAUUUUCAACUUCUGAAAAUGCAGUUUUCCUCCGAUCCUAUCAUAACAUGGCAUUAUUGUUCGUUCUUGCAGUAUCUUCUGAAAACGUUUUGAUUGACUGUAUUCAUGCCUGAAGCGUCUAGCUUCAAAAAUUCUUAGUCCCCAGCUUCCAGGCUCCUUUUCGUGUAGAAAAGUUCUCGCCCACCGGAUGCGUAGACUUCAAUAAAAUAUGAAUAUGAUCGGAUUACGGUGUCCUUUAUCCACGCGCACACAGACGUUUCCGCCUCUUUCCCCAGUUUCCCAGAUUAGACGUACGAUCACGGUCGAACGCCUGUAUAACAAUUGUUGACGAGUAAUAUAAUAAUGAUCGGAUAUUGCGGAAAGGAGACGGGAGCCAGGACAGACGUUGUUUUGUUUACACGGACGGUUUACUGCUAGUGUUCAAGGUUGUGAUACAAUAUUUGAAAUCUGAGAAUGUUGGAAGGGAUUACGGUAGUCGCGACAAUCGGAACUUCCCUCCAAAGUCCUCUGAAGCUCCCAUAAUAAGUCUCCUACUCAGCAUCGUCUCUCAAUUUCAUUCUAUUUUGAUGGCACACACACACACAUACACACAUACUUCUCGUUCAUCAUUUUGUGACUCUCUCCCCACUAUUCAUGUAAUAUUUGAUGGACAAGUUCUCUCUUUUUCGCUGCUGGUCCUCACCGGAUGAUGAUGAUGAUGAUAAUUGUUGGUGGUGGAAAGGAGAGAGAGAGAGAGAUACACGACGAUUUAAUUGGCAAUGUUGCGAUUCGAUUCGUCCCUCCCGUUAUUAAUAGAGUCGCCAUUGCCAUAUGCGCGGUGACACAGCUAACAUCGUAGGUGACAACAAGGUCAGCGAGGGUUACUGUAGAAAUGCGGGAAAGUGAACAGGAUUUGGUUGGGACAUGGGGAGCUUGAAUAGGAUUGCUUCGAAUUUGCGGUUGAAUAACAUUAAAGUCUAACAACUCUUUCAGUAUUGUAGUUUCUGAAAAGCUGUGAUUGUAGAACUCAAAAGCCCUUAAAAAUUCAGGCGGCCCGUCACCGUGGCUUCGAAGUCAUCGUCGAAACGGGAAAAGGGCUGGCGGAUAGUCUGAACCGAUGCGUCGACUCGAAGAAUCCGAUGCUGAAUCGACUUCUCCGAAUGCUGACGACGCGGUGCAUGACUCAGGCCGUCUACUUUUCGGCCGGUAAGUACCCCAUCACUACAGUAUCCCCUGUUGAAAACACGGAAGAAGGUCGUAAAAGAAUCCCUUUUUGCGUCAAGAAAUCGGCGAGGUUUCUGUGUCCGUACAAGCAUGACCGAUACGGUAGAUUGCGUAUUUUCAAAUACUGGUUGCUUUGCUUUUUCUCCAUCUUCUUCGGCCUUGAAAACGAAAAAGCUGCUGAGAUUAUGAUAUCAUGAAAAGCAAAGAAAAAAAACGGCCGGAACAUCUGUCCCCAUACAGUAAUCCUCGUUCAGGAACCGUGCCAGUGCCACAAUAUCAGCAUUUCGGACUCGCGUGCGCCAUCUACACACACUUCACGUCGCCAAUCCGUCGUUACGCCGACGUCAUUGUCCAUCGUCUUCUGGCCGCCGCCAUCGGAGCCGACGACAUUCAAUCGGGGCUUCUGAGCCAGGCGCGGUGCACCAAGAUUUGCGCCAAUAUCAACUACAGGUGUGGAUUUCGUUGAACCUAUGAAGAUUCACGGAAAAACGAUAAAGCGCCGCUCAUUUCUCUCAUUUUGCAGACACAAACAAGCGCAGUACGCGGGCCGAGCAUCCGUGCAGCUCAACGUCGUCCGCUACUUCAAGGGCAAAGUGGAGACGUGCGAAGGAUUCGUGAUGGGCGUGCGGAACAACGGAAUUCAGGUACGCGCUUCCGCCUCAUUAAGGAUGGCACCAGAUUGACGAUGGUUCAACAUAACCUUCACGUUUUUUUUCGGUUUUUCCUAAUAUGUUUACUUUUGCUACCGGAUAUUGUGGAAAUGAGACCAACCAUUUUCCAGGUAUUCGUGCCCAAAUACGGACUUGAAUCGAUCAUUGUGCUCCAAACUUCCGCCUCGUCCGGCACCACCAUCGAUGUCGAGGAGAUGGCGGUGAAGGUGAACGGAGAAACGGUCAUUCGAGAGCUAGGUAAGUAAAGAUUUCCAGUUUUUAGGCAAAACUGAUUUUCAGAGCCAGUUACCGUCAAAAUCAGCGUAAACGAGAAGAAUCAGCAACGCCCACGCGUCGAGCUGAACUUGAUGAAACCGGCAAUUCCGGGACUCUCCGUCGAUUUCGAUCUUUCUUCUUCUGAGGGUCUCGGUUUUUAG